AUGUGGGAGAGAACUGGGUAUUUCACUUUGUAUAGGAAAGAACUGGGUGUUGUUACAUUUUGUAUGGGAGAGAACUGGGUAUUUCAAUUUUUAUGGGAGAGAAUUGGGUGUUGUUACACUUUGUAUGGGAGAGAACUGUGUGAGAAAGAACUAAAUGUUGUUUCACUCUGUAUGAGAAAGAACUGGGUGUUGUUUCAUUCUGUGUGGGUGAGAACUGGGUGUUGUUUCACUCUGUAUGGAAGAGAACUGGGUGUUGUUACACUUUGUAUGGGAGAGAACUGGGUGUUGUUACACUUUGUAUGGGAGAGAACUGGGUGUUGUUACACUUUGUAUCUGAGAGAACUGUGA